AUGCGGUGUAUUGUAAUAUCCGGCCCCCCUCCCAUUGUGGCUAAAAUAAUUUCACCCACGAGGUUAGUCUUGUACCCCCCUCGCCUUCCACCCCCCUCCAGUCCUGGUCCACAAUCAUCCCCGAGGGGUCUAAUGUUUUUCCUAAUCAUCGCAGAGUCUCCUCUUUUGUCAGCAAGAGCUUUUAUCAAGCCUGGCUUCCAGCACACAUGCGGUCCAGAUUUUCAGGUUCUUGGAGGAGAGCUUUGGCACCAUUCGAAGCCAGACAUUGGUGAGGAUCAGGCUAGAAGGAGAAGUACAUCUACCGAAAUAUCUGAUCUCUACGAUAGGCCUCCCAGGAGAGAUCCUUUGGACACGUCCUUCAACGACCCUGAAACAGCUUUCAGAAGUAAGACAACAUGGGAGGUAGUGAGAGCCUACAUUGUCUACACUUUGUGUUCUUCAAACUACGUCGUGGAACACAACAUGGAGCUUAUGAAGCUAGCUAAGGCAAUGCUUGGAGAAAGACUUUUCAGACAGUUAAUGAAAGCUACUUUCUAUGGCCACUUUGUGGCGGGUGAGGACCAAAAUAGAAUAGUUCCAACUCUCACCAGGCUUAGGAGCUUCGGUGUGAAGCCAAUUUUAGAUUACUCUGUAGAGGAGGACAUUAGCCAAGAAGAAGCCGAGAAAAGAGAGGUCGAAUCUAGCGUCUCCGAGAUCAAAUCGUCGGAAGCUGUCAGUGAAGCCAGAUCGAUCGGUGGGGAAAUGCCUCAGUACAAUGUCACUAAAACCUUCGCUGAUAGGAGAUAUAAAGUACAGAGCGCAAGGACCUAUUUCUAUCUCAACGAGGCAUCUUGCGAGAGAAAUGUCGAAAUAUUUCAAGAAUCUCUACAUGCAGCUGCUGGAGCUACUUAUGGAACUGGGAUUACAGCGAUCAAACUCACGGCUCUAGGAAGACCUCAACUCCUUCUGCAGCUCUCAGAAGUCAUCAUGAGGGCGAGAAAAUUUGUCAGCGAAGUUAUUGGCGGUCAAGGAAAUGUUAUUGGUCAGAAGUUGAACGCUGCCGAUUUAGAGAAGAGGCUCGAGCAGGCCGGAAUCAAAGAUACAAAGAAAUUUCUUGCAAAGGUUGUCAAAGACAGCGAAGGGGUCAUUCACCUCUUUCCUUGGAGCGGCAUCGUUGACGAGAACUUUCAACUGAGCGACACCUUUCGUGUUCCCAGCCUGAAGGAAGGGAGAAUGGUCCGGCUGAUAUCUCAGCUCUCAUCCAGGGAGGAGGAGAUGUUCAGGAACAUGGUGAGGCGGCUCAACACCCUCAUCAAGACUGCCAAGGAUCUAGACGUACGCGUGAUGAUAGAUGCCGAACAGACCUACUUUCAGCCUGCCAUAUCCAGAAUUACGCUCGAAAUGAUGAGGAAGUACAACACCAACAAAGCCAUCGUUUUCAAUACCUACCAGUGCUACUUGAAGGAUGCACUGAAGGAAGUAUCGACGGAUUUGGAACAAGCGAAAAGGCAGAACUUCUUCUUCGGCUGCAAGUUAGUUAGGGGAGCUUACAUGGAGCAGGAGAGGGCCAGAGCUGCGGCCCUCGGAUACCCCGACCCUAUCAAUCCCACCUACGAAGCGACCUCCGAGAUGUACAAUCAGACGCUGGCCGAGUGCUUAAGGAGGAUAACCGACCUACGGACGAAAGGCCUGCAGAAGAGGAUCGCCAUAAUGGUGGCCUCCCACAAUGAGGACACAGUGAGAUACGCCAUCGAAAAGAUGAAGGAUUGUGGGAUAUCUCCAGAAGAGAAGAUCAUUUGCUUCGGGCAACUCUUGGGAAUGUGUGACUAUAUCACGUUCCCGCUGGGACAGGCCGGCUACUCAGUGUACAAGUACAUCCCUUACGGGCCGGUGGAUGAAGUGCUGCCAUACUUGUCGAGGAGGGCCCAGGAAAACAAGGGCAUCCUGAAGAAGAUAAAGAAGGAAAAGAGGAUGCUGCUGUCAGAGCUACGGAGGAGACUCUUUACUGGACAGAUCUUGUACACUCCUCGGGGCAACUACAUCUCAGUAUAA